UUAAAUGCUGGCUCCUAGUAGUUUCUCCGCUUGGUACUAACUCCAAGUAAGGCUUAGAUGCUGACUCUUAGGCCAUGUCUCUUUAUUUUAUUGUUAUUUCAAUUUUGUUCCGAUUGUCUUGCAUCAAUUUUGAUAUAAGAGCAAACACCGAUCAGUUUGAGGCAUCAUCACAGUCAAUCCAAAACCAAAAAGUAAAAAAAAUAAAAAUCGGUUGAACCACCGUCACAACCCAAUAGGAAAUCCCAAUCACCGUUGCUUCUUACCACCACUAGAAGACCCCACAAAAAAUAUCCUGCCAGCACCACCACCAUUGACAAUUUGACACAAACAUCCCAAUCACUCCAAUACCCCAACCCCACGGCCACGGAUCCAAGUUGCAACCACGAAGACAGAGAAGUUCUAUCACCGCUGACCCUGGUUCAUCAAUUUUUGGUCUUCCUCGCGCGCCGGAGAUCCACCACCAUCGGUUCUCGCUUGCCGCCGUGACUACCGCUAUACAGACUCGCAAGCCCCAGUUGCAGCGACUCACCGCCAACAGCUUCGAUCCCUUCCAUCCUUGUCUCGCGCUGCCAUGACCAUCACUUGCUCGCCGCCGUGCCGUAGCAAGUCCACCAGCAACCCCUCCACCCCAUCUAAAAGCACACUUUUGAACAAUCUAUCAAAGAAUUAUCUAGCAAGGAAUUAUUUGUAAAGCUUAUGAAAGAUGUUCAAGACAGGAUUGCUCAGAUGAAGCAAAAGAAGAUUCAAACCGAUUCAAUUGGGAAACCAAGGAUACUUGAUCACAAUGAACUUAUUGCUGCCCCAAUAGAAGACAACAUUGAUGAUGAUAUCUUGGCCGUGGAGAAUCCUCCAGCAACACCAAAGCCUAAUGUUGACACAGACGUACAUGCCUCGACAAGUGUUGCUUUAACAUGCAUGCAAGGAAAUGAAUCUAUUGAAGAGCAGCAAGGUGAAGAGAUGGUGUCUAAAGAGAGUAUUGUGUUAGAGGGUGCAUAUGAUGUGAUAUUGGAAGCUAAUGAAUCUGCUUUUGAUCAGCCUUCCAUGGUGCAUGAAAAUAAACAAUUUGCUAAAGUGGAUAACAUAGUGCUUUCAAUGGUUCAAGAUAAGAUUAUGUUGAUUCCACACAUUGAUUUUGUUAUUCCAGAAGCGUUUGACAUGGUAGAAUUCAAGGUUUUUCUUUUCUCUAUACUCCCUAGGGUGAUUCCAAACUUGAAACAAGUGUUACUUGUCAACAUCCUAAUCUAUCAAUGCUUUAGAACUCGAGGGUUGAGUUUUCUCCAACUAGAGGAGGAUGAUGCGGGAGACACAAGAAGUUUAUUAUUUAGUAUUAUUUAUGUUUGCAAAUCAAUUGUAUUUUUAUGUUUUAAGUCCUAUUAGUUUAUUGGGCUAU